AUGCAAUUAUUUAUAUUAGAUGAAGAAGGAAACGAGCAACCGGCCACCUUAUUUGAUUAUGUUACCUAUCACCUUCAUCCCACAUUUGAACGACCACUACGAAAACUCACGGAACCUCCCUUCACCCUAGAUGAGCAAGGUUGGGGUGAGUUUGAGCUAAAGAUAAUAGCAAAGGUCAAAUUUUGCUCGACAACUUACACUUUUCAUCACGAACUAUCCUUCGAUAAUAAUGCGUACAAUGUUGAUUAUGAGGGAAGGUUUCCCUACCAUCAAACCAAACUGCGGGAAGAGUUAUUAAAUUCUGGCAGUGUACCAAUUUACAAUGAAGAUGAAAUAAGUUUGGGUCAAGUUACAAACUUACAAAGGGCUAUUAAUCUUAUAUCGGUAUCUGAUGUUGAUACUAUUCAAAAGGUAAUUAAUACAAUUGUUACAUUUCCUCCGGUAUCUGAAGAAAUUGCUAAGAGACGUCAUCAAGAGGAUGACAUUGUAAUAUUAUUGUCUCAAAUUCCGAACCAGCUGCUCAAUAAAAUUUGCAGGUUGGUGGAGGCUUCCUCAGCUGCAUCUUAA